AACGGCAGCUAAGAGGGAGUUGGGACACAGAACUACAUGAAUUCACUCCAUUAGCAUCAAAUUCGCAACGUUCUCUGCUAUCCAAUCCAUUUUCAGAGGUAUGAGGUGAACCCAUAUCUUCUUAUUGAUGGUGCUUUUGUAGCUGUUCCAUGCUUAGUGCGAAAAUCUUCAGCAAUCUGUGAUUGUAUGGUAGCUUGAACUAGCAUGCCUUGACUGGCCGUACCUACCAUUUCUCACUUUCCUAGUAAAUUUUCCCGAGAAAAUGCAAGCUUUAAGCAUCUGGCCUUCGAAAAAUGACUUUUGGGUGACACCCAAAUUGGAGGUCGAAGAUACCCAACUGGGUUCUUCUUGUGCCGCUAUCACAAAGAGGAGGAGGAAAAAACGAUGGGGUCUUGGUCUCGGCGGUCUCAGUGGAAGGUCUGGUCUCGUAUUGGGUCCAACCUGCUUGAGGGGAAUUAAGAGUUGGGCUUGUUCAGGGAGCGCUCAAUUUGAUUUUGACUACAGGGUUUUAUCUGGGCAUUCCAAAUUUAAAUUAUGCAUCUUCGGUGAGCGAAUGCAAGUUCGAUUUAGGGCUUCUGUUGCAUUGGCAUGGACGCUGGAAGGACAAGCAAUUGCACAUGAAUUUGUUAAACAAGAUUCAGGCUCAGGCCCACUGGAUGGGAUAUCAAGGAAGAGUGACAAUUUCGACAAAGAUCAAGAUAAUGAGUUCGAUGUUGUUGAGAAUGAAGAUGAAGACCUAGUGGAAAGCAAAGAAGAAAAGGGCGUGGGCGAUGAGGUAAGGAAAGAGAGGAAUCUGAGAAUUGGUGGAAUGUCAAGGAAGAAUGUUAAUGUUCACAAUGUCGAUGAAGAUAAAGAGAAUAAGUUGGUUCAUUGUGAAAAUGGAAAUGAGGACCCAGAAGGAAGUGAAAAGGACAGUGAGGAGUUGAGGAAAAAGAGGAGCCCCAGAAUUGAUGUACGGUUGCUUGCGUCGCAUUUAGCGUCUGCUAGAACCGUGGAGGAUAUAGACGAGGUUCUCAAGGACAAGGGUGAAUUGCCCCUUCAAGUGUACUCAUCCAUGAUUAGAGGUUUUGGGAAAGACAAGAGACUACAUUCUGCUAUGGCUCUUGUUCAGUGGCUCAAGGAAAAGAAACAGGACACUGGUGGUUCGGUUGGCCCUAACCUGUUCAUAUACAAUAGUCUUUUGGGGGCGGUGAAGCAAUCUGAAGAAUUUGAGGAAGUUGAGAAAAUUAUAAAUGAUAUGGCCGCAGGAGGAGUGGUUCCCAAUGUUGUAACUUACAACACUUUAAUGGGAAUUUACAUACAACAAGGCCGGGAAAUUGAGGCCCUUGAUCUUUUUGAAGAGAUACGGACUAAGGGUUUAUCUCCAUCACCGGCAUCCUAUUCUACAGCUUUGCUAGCUUAUCGGAGACUGGAAGAUGGGUUUGGAGCUCUGAAAUUCUACGUGCAAUUGAAAGAUUGGUAUCAUAAAGGAGAAAUAGGAAAAAAUGAAUCUGGAGACUGGGAAAAUGAAUUUGCUAAGCUUGAGAAUUUCACAGUUCGGAUUUGCUACCAAGUGAUGCGGCGGUGGCUUGUCAAGAGUGAGAACUUGAGUACUAAUGUUCUGAAACUUCUAACAGAGAUGGACAGGGUGGGGCUUCAAACUGGAAGAGAGGACUAUGAGCGCCUAGUGUGGGCAUGUACGCGUGAGGAACAUUACAUUGUGGCAAGAGAGUUAUAUAAUAGGAUAAGAGAGAGACAUUCUGAAAUAAGCUUAUCGGUUUGCAACCAUGUCAUUUGGUUGAUGGGAAAGGCUAGGAAGUGGUGGUCAGCUCUGGAGAUUUAUGAGGACUUGCUGGACAAAGGGCCUAAACCGAAUAAUAUGUCGUAUGAGCUGAUAGUUGCCCAUUUUAACAUUCUACUUAGUGCAGCCAGGAAAAGAGGAAUUUGGAAAUGGGGCGUUAGGUUGCUCAACAAGAUGGAAGAUAAAGGCUUAAAACCUGGAAGUAGAGAAUGGAAUGCCGUUAUUGUGGCUUGUUCCAAGGCUUCAGAAACUUCUGCUGCAGUGCAGAUGUUCAAAAGAAUGGUCGAACAAGGUGAGACGCCUACCAUUAUCUCCUAUGGGGCAUUGCUCAGCGCUCUUGAAAAAGGAAAACUAUACGAUGAGGCCCUUCGUGUGUGGCAGCAUAUGCUCAAAGUCGGGGUAGAGCCAAACCUAUAUGCCUACACAAUUAUGGCUUCAAUUUAUACUGCACAAGGAAAAUUCAAUAUUGUGGAUUCUAUCAUCAGAGACAUGGUCUCGUCUGGAAUUAACCCAACUGUUGUCACGUACAAUGCGAUUAUCAGUGGCUGUGCGCACAACAGCAUGGGCAGUGCAGCGUAUGAAUGGUUUCACAAAAUGAAAGCUGAAAACAUCCCAGCCAAUGAAGUUACUUUCGAGAUGCUAAUCGAGGCUCUUGGUAAGGAUGGCAAACCAAAGCUUGCUUAUGAUUUGUAUGUGAGGGCUCACAAUGAAGGCCUAAACCUCUCCUCCAAGGCUUAUGAUGCAGUCAUCCAAUCAUCGCAGACUUAUGGGGCUUCUGUUGACGCAAGCGUUCUAGGCCCAAGGCCUCCAGACAGAAAGACAAAAGUGCAAACUAGGAAGAACUUAUCACAGUUCUGUAACUUAGCUGAUGUUCCUCGAAGAAGUAAACCAUUUGACAGAAACGAAAUUUACACCCCGCAAACAGAAGGAAACCUAAGUGCUGAAAUGCUAAAGUUAAACUGCGCCGGCGACGUCAGUGAGUGGCGUGGACGCGCCGCCCCAGAAUGUCGUUAAGUCCCGCCGCCGGGGGCAACGUUUACGUUUCAAGUGAAAAAAAGCGAGUACCUGUUCUACGUACGCGCGAGAGAGUAAGCAAUCUAAUGGCAAAACAAAAGACGAGAUUCGCCGGAGUCCCAGACUAAGAUUGCAGCCAAGAUUAGUGAACGUGUGAGUUAACGAAGUGACAGCCGGACAGCGACGUUUUUGAAAUUCAAGAAAAAAGAAAAAGAAAAAGGAUCAAUCUUGGUGAAUAGUCUGAUUCCGAUUUUACAGAUUGGAGGGAACCCGAAGCGAUCCAUAUUCUCUUUGCUUCUGAUUCAAAUCAAAAGAAUAGAAAAGAAACGGUGACAAUGGGAAAGUAAAGAGACAAGACAAGGGCGGGCAAGGCUUGGGUUCUAAACAUGGCUCCUUCUUGUACCCAGCACCCAACUGCUCUUCCUUCCUCAACUCCUCUCUUGUCUAGUUGUCUUGCAGCUUGUUUGAUUCUUUAUUCCAAAUUUCCAGUGCCCAGACUCAUUUCAUUUGAAUUCCACCCAUUUUAAAAUUCUUGCUCCUUUCCCUCUGUGCCCUUUUGUGAGAGAGAGAGAGAGAGAGCGCCUACUUAUUAUUGCUUCUUGGGUUCUAUGGGGAUUUGGAACCAGAAGAGGGGAUUGAGCAAAAAGGUUUCAGUUGUUUCUGGGUAUUAAGGCGGCUCUGAGAAAUUAAGGAUUGUUUUGCGGCGGUUCUCGGGGGUAGAUCUGGUGACAA